AUGGCGGCCACAGGAGCCUUGUUCCUAGCCAUAUUGUAUGCCGUGAACGCUCAGACUGGCACAGAACGACCAGUCCCAACGCUGAGCCCACAGAUCAACGCUGCUCCAAGCCUUACUCCUACAAUCUACGAUGCACAAGCCCCCGAUCCUCAGAAGUGCCCAGGGUAUACAGCGUCCAACGUCCACAACAGCACCGACGGCUUCAAUGCAGAGCUUACGAUUGCUGGCUCUCACUGCCAGGCCUUUGGAAACGACAUCGACGACUUGCUGCUGGAAGUGCAAUAUCAAACGCAAGAUCGGUUGAAUGUGAAGAUCUAUCCAAGAUACAUUGGUGACAACAAUCGUACACAGUAUCUCUUGAGCUCCGACAUCGUCACUGAGCCUGAGGGUGAUGGUCACACCACUGAACAGACGAGUCGUCUGAAGUUUGAAUGGACUAACGACCCGACCUUCCAAUUUCGUGUGCUGCGCGCGGAGACGGGAGAGGAGCUUUUCUCGACUUACGGUCAUGUCAUUGUGUACGAAGAUCAAUUCCUCGAGCUGGCUACAGAUAUGGUCGAUGGCUAUAAUGUCUACGGGCUUGCUGAAAACAUCCAUGACUUUCAUCUAGGCAACAACCACACUCAGACAUUCUAUGCAGUGGAUGCGGGCAAUACUGUCGAUGGAAACGUAUAUGGAACAUUUCCAUUCUACCAAGAGACCAGGUACCACGAAGGCAAAGAGACUACUUCGCACGGUGUAUACGCUCGAAAUGCCCAUGGUCAAGAAUGGCUUCUUCGAGAUGGCAACAUUACAUACCGUACGCUGGGCGGCAGCUUCGACUUGUACUUCCUGAGUGGCCAAGAUGAAAGUGGCAGCUCGAGUGCACUAGAGACCAUCCGCCAGUUUCAAGUUGACUGUGUCGGAACUCCAGCUAUGCAACAGUUCUGGACCUUCGGUUUCCAUCAGACGAGAUGGGGGUAUGAGAAUAUCUCAGUCAUGCGAGAUAUCGCCAAGGGAUACAAGGACGCCAAUAUUCCUCUUGAAGCCUUGUGGAACGACAUCGACAUCUACGACCUGUACAAGGACUUUACAAGCGACAACAACACCUUUCCGGCCGCGGGCAUGCAGCAGUGGAUCAGCGAGCUUCACCAGGCAAAUCAGUACUACGUACCCAUUAUCGACAGCAACAUCUACGCACCCAACCUUGAGAACGAAAGCGACGCAUAUGGACCCUGGGAGCGAGGCGCAGAACUGGGCAUCUUCAUUCGAGACCCUACUACAGGCGACCCCUACUAUGGGAAUAACUGGCCUGGUUUCUCUUCCUGGGCGGAUUGGCUACUGCCAGAGUCACAGGAUUGGUGGACCAACGAGAUCCUCAGCUGGUUCAAAGAUGUGCCUUUCGAUGGCAUCUGGAUUGACCUGAGCGAAGCAUCCUCCUUCUGUGUUGGAUCGUGCGGCAAUGGACGCUUGAACGAGAACCCAGUACACCCGCCAUUCUUGCUCCCAAAUGACCCCGGAAAUGCCGACUUCCGAUAUCCUGAAGGCUUCAACAUCAGCAAUGCUACAGAAGCCGCUUCUGCAAGCGCUGCCUCUGCAUCCCAGGCAUCGAUGCUCUCAACGACAACUCUCAUCCCGGUAGCGACUACAACCACUCAAGGGCGAACGGAGCCAACGCCUGGUGUUAGAAACCUGAACUUCCCACCGUAUGUCAUCAACCAUGUUCAAGCUGGGCACUCACUGCUUAAGAGUGCCAUCGCGCCGAACGCCACCCACAAUGAUCCGUCCAAUACUACCGAGUAUGAAUUGCACAAUGUCUACGGGCUGCAAAUCUCCAAUGCAACCUAUCAUGCAUUACUCUCGGUCUUUCCAGGUAGACGACCAUUCACAGUCGGCCGCUCGACAUUCGCGGGUUCAGGUCGAACGACAAGCCACUGGGGUGGGGACAACACCUCGACCUGGGGCUCCAUGUUCCUCUCGAUCUCUCAAGCAUUGACCUUCAUGAUGUCUGGAAUUCCAAUGUUUGGAGCCGAUACUUGCGGAUUCGCUGGCAACACCGACUACGACCUCUGUUCUCGUUGGAUGGAGCUGAGUGCCUUUUUCCCGUUUUAUCGAAAUCACAACGUCAAGGCGACCAUUUCGCAAGAGGCAUACAUCUGGUCGUCUGUUGCAGAGGCUUCGAGACGAGUCAUGGCUGUUCGCUACAGCCUGUUGAAUUACAUGUAUACCCUGUUCUACCACGCCCACACCAAGGGCGAUGCUGUGAUGAGAGCACUGGCGUGGGAGUUUCCUCAGGAUCGCUCGCUUAAGGGCACGUAUACGCAGUUUCUCCUCGGUCCAUCUCUCCUCGUAACACCGGUCCUUAUUCCGAAUGCAAAGACUGUACGAGGUGUGUUCCCAGGCAUCGGCGAGGGUACGAGAUGGUAUGACUGGUACACCUUAAAGGAAGUGCAAGCCAAACCGCAGGAGAAUGUCACCUUGGAAGCUCCACUCGAGCAUAUCAACGUCCAUGUCCGUGGUGGAUCGAUUCUACCUCUUCAACAGCCAGGCUAUACCACGACUGAAACCAGAAAUGGCUCGUACAGCCUCCUCGUCGCUCUGGAUAGCCAUCAGACAGCCAGUGGCAGCCUGUACCUUGACGAUGGAUACAGUCUGGUGCCAGAGCAGUCGAAACUCGUUCAGUUCAAGUAUGCUGACGGCGUCUUGUCGACGCAUAUCAACGGAACUUACAAGUCUUCACCGCCGCUUGCGAAUGUCACACUUGCUGGAGUACCUGGCCAUCUGACCGGAUUGUCACUCACGAUUUCCGGUCAGCCGUGUGAAGUGGGUGAAGUGGCUGUCGAUCCUGGGGACGGAGUGCUUCGCAUUAGCGGGCUCGAGGAGUUUACGCCAGAGGGUGCUUGGGAGGGCGAAAUGGUCAUGAAGUUGUCGUUCGAUUGA